CUGACGUAUGUAAACAAACUACUUUACAGCAACUACGAUCUACUGUCGUAAAUUGCAUUUGGCAUCCCCAUGCUAUGGAUACAAGCUUGCUGACAGAAUUAUGUGUCUACACGUGGGGAACCAACAGCUAUUGGCAGUUAGGACAGGGCCAUGUUGAAGACCUGUCAGUGCCCAGGCUCGCUGAUGGAGCCCUACAGAUGGGGACGGUGCGCCAACUCAGUGGAGGUGGUGGGUAUUCGGCUGUGGUCUCUGAGAAAGGAGAGCUGCUGGUGUGUGGCCAGAACCACAGAGGUCAGCUGGGACUGGGUCACAGUUUAGCGGUCACCACCUUUCAACUCUGUCCUCUCAUUGGUCAGAGGGUUGCACACGUGUCCUGUGGUUGGGAUUUCACACUCGUCCUCACUGAUCAUGGCCAGGUACUGACGUGUGGAUCUAAUGCAUACGGCCAGUUGGGUGUCUCAGAGCCAAUCACUCAUUCUGUGGUGCUGCUGCCCAUUCAGUCUGUAAGGGAGCCAGUGAUCAGAGUGGCAGCAGGACUCAGACAUUCACUAACUGUCACUGCCACAGGUAGUGUUUACCAGUGGGGUAUGGGUCUCUCUGGCCAGGCUAAGAGAGCUCUGAGUCCACAGCCUGUCCCAGAACACUUCACCUCCAAGGUACCUUGUCUGGUCCCAGGUCUGGAACAGGUGAUUUUACACAGUGUUGCUGCAGGCUCCGCCCACUGUGUGAGCCUUACUGCUGAGGGAGAUGUGUUCCUGUGGGGCAGUAAUAAGCACGGCCAGCUGACCAGUAGCAGUACAGACUCCUUCCUACCCAGACCUGUCCUCCUAGACCGCUCACCACUGGGUGGAGAGAAGGUUACCCACGUUCACAGUGGCUGGACACACCUGGUGGCCCAAACAGAGAGUGGCCGUGUCUUCACUUGGGGCAGAGGCAAUUAUGGACAGCUGGGGAGGACAGAACUGACCAAUCAGAGUGCAGAUCAGCAGUCAAGUAGUGCAUUGAGAGGAGCUGCCAGCCACUGGACAUGUGUCCCUGCAGAAGUCAAGAUCCUCUGUGGAGCCUCACAGAUUGCCUGUGGAUCUGAACAUAACCUUGCCAUCGUAGGGGGUCGCCUGCUCUCUUGGGGGUGGAACGAACAUGGGAUGUGUGGGGACGGUUCCGAGACAGAUGUCAGCGAACCACAGCCCAUUCCUGCCCUCCGGCCUCUUGUGAUUGGCUGUGGCGCUGGCCACUCUAUGGCAUUGUGUGCUGUGAGGACAGGUGAAAAGGAGUCUACAGAGGACAUGGAGAUAGAACAAGCUACCCUAUAGUUUGAAACUAACAUGUUUGAACUAACUUAUCAGGACUGUACCUGGGUAAGAUCGCUGACCGCUAGUGCCGCUGAUUUGAAGCUCAAUGUCUAUUGUUUUAUCUCUAUGGCAGAGGACACCCGGCUCACUGUGGGGCGUGAGAGUAACAUGAUAGGGUAUGAAUCAAUGAUCACCCAGUCUAUGGGGAAUGAGCCUCAGGGGAAAAUCUGGGAGGAGGACAUUCUGAAGGUUGUAAAGUAUGUGGGUGUGUCUGUCUGAGCAAAAUAGCCAAACCCUGCUAUGAUUGCUUUGUUGUUGGCCAAAGUAAGGCACGUGUAAGUUCAGUAUGACCGGUCUAACUGCCUUCGUAAUGUAUUUUAUUUCCAUCUGUGACACAUUGCCCUUUUUUGUUCCAAGAGGCCGUACUCACAAAGCCUGUCAGAGUAGGAGGGGCUGAUCUAGGGUCAAUUCUAUUUCUAUUCUAAUCCAUUCAGAAUGUAAACCCCAUUUCCAAAUGUUCCUAACUGAAAAGCAUUGAAUUGAAUUGAAAUCUGAAUUUACUGGAAUUAAAAAUUGGAAUUGACCCUAAACCUACAGUCCAUGUAAUGAUAUUCUUGUUGUCAUUUUAAAAGACGAAACCGAUCCUAGAUCAGCACACACUAGAUACGGCCCCAGGUCUGUAUUCAAAUUGUAAGACGUCAAAAUAAAUAUUGUUUCUGGCGUUAGAGACGGGUGAGUUAUGUAUGAUCAGGGACAGAGGCUGUCAUUCCUCGAGCCCAGUCCAGAUAUGAUUCAGGUCAGGGAGAUGGAUACACAAGUCUGUUAGUCUAUACAUGAUGCCUAUGUCCCAAGACAUAAAGUACCAGUCAAAAGUUUGGGCGCACCUACUCAUUCAAGGGUUUUUCUAUAUUUUCUUAUUAUUUUCUACAUUGUAGAAUAAUUUGUGAAGACUUCAAAACUAUGAAAUAACAGGUAUGGA